CUGGUGGCUUAGUUUUAGCUGUGACCGGGCUACCGUUAGAGCUCCAUUUACUGGAGACCUUUUUGAAGCGAAAUGGCUCCAAGGAAGAGGGAAGCAGUGGGCGGCAAUGGACCGACCGCCGCGACCUCAGGCUGCCCGUAGGGAGGGAUCUUGAGGGCCCUCAAGAGUCGCUUGGGCGCGCUCUUUUUUUCUUCGCAGUCAAUUGUUCCUACCGCGAAGAUGACCUCGGCCUGGGUCACCUCUUUCCAGAAGCGUCAUCUCUGGCUAUAUCUGCAGGCCCUCAACUUCGAGCCAGGUCCGGCGACCAUUGCCAGCGGAAAGAUUGUGUCGUACACGCACCUUGGGGUCUGUAUUGCUGAAUGUGGAAGUAACUUUCCUCAAGUUGUUGGUUCACUAUUACUUUCUCCUGGUGGUCCUAAGUUUAUUCAUCUGAUGUAUCAUUUUGCAAGAUUUGUUGCAAUAAAAUAUAUUAAAACCAAAUCUGAAAAUUCUUCUCUACAUUUUACAGAGAUACUCAAUGUAAAGUCACAAGAUCUGCACAAGUGCAUUGCCAGAAGCCAUAUAACACGUAACAAAUUUUUACAAAUUUUGCAAAGAGAAGAUUAUGUUACUCAAAAAUAUGAGGAAUAUGUGCAGUUAUUAGUUAAGCAAGUACGAAAUUUAAGGUCUGAAUGUAUAGGACUGCAAAACCAAAUACAAAAUAUUAAUUUGGCUUCCCCAGGCACCUUUUCACUGGAAAAGGUUCGGUCUUUGUGGGCUUCAGUGAAUGAAACACUUACGUUUUUGGAAAAAGAGAGAGAAGUUGUUAGUUCAGUCCUUAGCCUUGUUAACCAAUAUGUUUUAGAUGGAACUAACGUUGUUAUUAAUAUUCCAAGCCUCUUACUUGAUGAAAUUGAGAAACAAAUGUGUCAGUUGCACAUGGGAAAUGUUUAUGAGGCUGGAAAACUGAACCUCGUAACAGUUAUUCAGUUAUUAAAUGAAGUCUUGAAAGUAAUGAAUUAUGAACGUUGUCAGGCUGACCAAGCAAGACUGACAAUAGAUCUUCACUACCUUGAAAAAGAGACCAAGUUUCAGAGGGGAAGAUUAUCAGAUCUGAAGCAAAUGAGGUGCAAAAUACAAGAAGAUCUCACAAAUGUAAGACGUUCUGUUGUUGAAAAGCAAGGAGAAUGGCAUAAGAAGUGGAAAGAAUUUCUUGGUCUGUCUCCUUUCAGUCUAAUAAAAAAUUUGACUCCAGCUGUGGAUCUUUUACCACCUAUGUCUCCUCUCUCCUUUGAUCCUGCGUCGGAAGAAGCAUAUGCAAGGAGUAUUCUUUUUCAGUACCCUGCUUCGCUUUCAGAUGGACCUAAGCAACAUAACCAAGAAACGGGCUGCAGAAGAGACAGUGAUACUUUGGAAGCUGUGCAUCAACUAGCCAACAGCCCUAACUCUUCCCUGUUGAAGCCAGCUUCAUCCUCAAGUACAGGCAGUGUUACACUACUGGAAAAGGACUUGAAGAUAAGAACUCUUAAAGAGAAAAAUGAAACCAUUUCUAAGAAAAUACCAGAAUUUGAAGUGGAAGAUUCUCCAUUAUCAGAUGUAAAUAAUACAGAAAAUAGUAUAUUUGGAGGAUCUCUGCCAACCAAAAAAAAAGAUCCAUUCCAAAAAGAGCAAGAUCAUCUGGUGGAAGAGGUUGCCAGGGCAGUUUUAUCUGAUUCACCACAGCUUUCUGAAGGAAAAGAAGCAAAAUUAGAGGAACUAAUUGACUCUCUAGUUUCUAACCCCUUCUUAACAAGAAACCAAAUUCCUCGUACUCCAGAAAACUUGAUAACUGACAUUAGGAGCUCAUGGAGAAAAGCUAUUGAAAUGGAAGACAACAAAAGUGAAGAACCAGUGCAAAUGGAUACUAAACAUAGAGAAGUAUCAUCAGAAUCAUCACCUGUGUUUCAAAAUCAGAGAGAACUUAGUAUGGCCAGUUUUCUCUUAGAAACCACUGUCUCAGAUAUUGGCCAGCCUCUUUUGUCUGAAGAGAAGAAAGUUGUUUCAGAUCGCAAGUGUGUACCUCAGAAUUAUGCAGUGACCAGACACAUAGGUGAACCACCAACACAAAGUCAGUCAGAUUUAUUAAGUAAGAAGAUAAUUUGUAAGCAAGAUUUGGAAUGUACAGCUUUACCAACCAAGUUAUCGGAAACUAGCCAAAUAGUGACCUUCUCUCCUGCUAUGGGUAGUAGGAUAGAUGUGAUGGGCAGUAGUGAAGAGCAGCAUAGUAAAAUUUUAGACCACUCACAAGCUUUUAGUAACAAACCUUCCAUGAAUAAAACUAUAUUACGGGACUCUCUUCAAAUAUCAAGUAGUAUUAGAUCUGAGCAUUUUAAGGAUAUUGAUUUUGGCAUAUUAUGUGAAACUCUUCCAGAAGAAGUUGGUCACCUGAGUCUCAAUAGCUCCAGUAGUUCAGAGGCCAAUUUUAAACCGGAACCAGAUACUCCUGUGCACAGUAGUAUUUUUCCAGAAGAUGUUAAGGGAGAAAGACCAACUACUCCAGAAUCAGACUUCAGUUUACAGGCUAUUUGUAGUAGGUAUGAGGCUCUGAAGAACUCUCUUUCCAAGAAAAAGGAAGACUCUUAUCUCUGUAAUCCUGAAACACUUGAAAGACGCAAACCAGAAUUGAGCCCCACUCCCCAAGAUGUGCAAACAGAUGAUAUGUUUAACUUUUUUGACACUCAUGAUUUGCAUAUUGAGUAUACAAAACCAUCUUUACGCAUGUCUCUUGGUCAAAGAAAACAGUCUCUUUCACCACUAAUUAAGUUUUCUCCAGUGGAGCAAAGAUCGAACACUACAAUACCCUGUAGUGUUGGAGAAUUACUACCUAAUUUAAAAGGAGACAUCUUGAAUAAGAGCUUUGAUGCAAAAGAAUCUCCAUCUGAUUUGACAAGAUGAAGCAGUUCUCAAUUAAUUUAACUAUGAUGCACUUAAAUUGAAGCAGUGUCACCGAAUGGAAACUGAUCUAUAACUUAAAUAUUUGUUAGAAGUGUAAUACGCUUUUUCAAGGUUUAAAAAAUCCUAAAUACAUUUUAGUCUCUUGUAAUGUUUUUAGGUAAGAAGAGUAUGUUGGAUUUUUUUCUCUGUAAGGAUAGAGGGGUGAAUGUGAAGUAUCUGGAAAGCAAAUGUCAACUUAUGGGAAGCCAUUUUGAUUUCAUGAAUAAUCUUGUAAGCAUUAAAUACAAAAGGAGUAGUUUAAUUUAUGUUGUAAUUUCAGUUAACAUAGUUUUUGUCGUGCUUUUACUUAAGUGGUUGAUAAUAGCCAUUGAAUAUACUGAUCUUUAACUUUAGAGAAAAAUAUAACUUUUAUUGUUUCUUUAUGGAACAUUCUGGUACUAACCAGAAAAAGUGAGGAAAGUAGUGCCUUAGGAUGUGUAGUCAAGAUGACAGAUUUUAAGACUGGGAAAGCUCUAAAUAAGUUUAAUGAUUAUUCUAGUGGAUUGAUCCUGAGAAGUGAUGUUUGAUGGAAUAAACUGCAUGUGAUGAUAAGUGAAGACUGGGACAGCAUGAUUUUUAAGAAGGGAAAAAAGAUGGAGAAGAUGACUAGACACUUCCAAGGAACACUGCAAACUAUAAAUCCAUUCAGUGGGUUGUUUAACAUUUAUAUUUAGUCUAAUUUAGACUUUGAGAAUUUAAUCCUUAUUUUAUAUUUUAACAUAAAUAUAAAUUAAAAAGUCAUUAGUCUG